CUUUCUGCACGGUCGCUUAAAUCAACAACUAGGUCGCUCUAUCCCCAAAAUCAAAUCGCAUCUAUCAAAAUUAUUCAUUUCAUGAUGCAGACAACCACUGCUAUCAUCUCAUCAUCAUCAAUUGCUCUGCUUUCUUUCCUUUCUCAUUUUAUCAUCCUAACUGCUCAGCAAGACUUCAUAUAUCAUCGGUGUUACAAUGGAGCUGGUAACUACACUAACACAAGUGCCUACCAAUCCAAACUCAACCUCCUCCUUUCUAAUCUCACUUCCAACAACAAAAUUGACUAUGGCUACUACACUUCCUCUCAAGGCCAAAACCCUAACAGAGUCAAUGCCCUUGGACUAUGUAGAGCAGAUAUCAAGCCAGACUCUUGCCGUAGUUUCCUCAACAACGCCACAAGCCUUCUUCGAAGGCUAUGUCCAAAUCAGAAGGAAGCAUAUGGAUACAAUGAUGGAUGCAUUCUAAGAUACGCUAAUCGUUCCAUGUUUGGGAUUAACCAAGAUCCAGAUUUUUCUAUCUUCAUGUGUAACCCAAAUAACGCGACAGACAUUAAGUACAGUGAGGCCCUUGAUAGUCUGAUGAGAAGGCUGAGAAGUAAGGCGGCGGCUGGCAGUACUCGUUGGAAGUUCGCGGCGAACACGACAACAACUUUGUUUCAAAAUAUAUAUGGGCUUGUUCAGUGUAUGCCUGAUUUGUCUGAGCAAGAUUGUGAUGACUGCUUGGAGAAGUCGAUCUCAAGCAUCCCCUACUAUUGUAACAACAGGAUUGGUGGAAGGAUUAUCAAAAUGAGUUGCAAUAUUAGAUAUGAGAAUUAUCGCUUCUAUGAUACUGAAGUUGUUGAUUCAUUAUCUUCACCUCCUCCUGCUUCUCCGCCUUCCAACACAUCUUCCACACAAGCAGGAACGAUUGAUUCACCAAAAGGAAAUAGCAACACAUCAAGAACUGUCACAAUCGUAGUUGUGCCACUUGGUGUUUUUAUCGCACUUCUUAUUUUGAUAUGCAUCUAUUUUGCUGUUCGGGAAUCAAAGAGAACAGUUGAAAUUGACCAACCUGAAGCAAAUGAUGAUGAAAUUAAACCAAUCGAGUCAAUGCAAUUCAAUUUUAACACCAUCAGACUCGCUACAGAUAACUUCUCUGUUGUCAAUAAACUUGGACAAGGAGGAUUUGGAUCAGUGUACAAGGGUAGGCUUCCCAAUGGACAAGACAUUGCUGUCAAAAGGUUGUCAAUGAAUUCUAUGCAAGGAGAUGCAGAAUUUAAGAAUGAAGUGCUCUUAGUGGCUAAACUCCAACAUCGUAAUUUAGUGAGAUUACUUGGUUUUUCUUUAGAAACAAAUGAAAGGCUUCUCGUUUAUGAAUUUCUUCCCAAUAAAAGUCUUGAUUACUUAUUGUUUGAUUCAAGUGAACGUGCUCAAUUGAAUUGGGUGAUACGCUACAAGAUUAUAGGAGGCAUUGCUCAUGGUCUUCUUUAUCUUCAUGAAGAUUCAAGACUACGUGUUAUUCAUCGAGAUCUCAAACUAAGUAAUAUUCUUUUAGAUGAAGAGUUGAAUCCCAAAAUAUCAGAUUUUGGCAUGGCAAAGCUAUUUGUUAUAGACCAAACUCAAAGUAAUACAAGUAGAAUAGUUGGAACUUAUGGAUAUAUGGCACCAGAAUAUACAAUGCAUGGACAAUACUCUGUCAAAUCAGAUGUUUUCAGUUUUGGCAUAUUGGUUUUAGAGCUUAUAAGUAGCAGAAAGAACAGCAGCAUCUUUGAUGAAGAGAAUGCACAUGAUGUUUUAAGCUUUGCAUGGAAAAAUUGGAGGGAAGGGACAGUCAUGAAUAUAGUAGAUCUUGUAUUAAACGAUGGUUCGAGAAAUGAAGUAAUGAGAUGCAUCUAUAUUGGAUUAUUAUGUGUUCAAGAAAAUGUGGCUGACAGGCCAACCAUGGCUUCAGUUGUACUUAUGUUGAAUAGCUUCUCUUCGUCUCUCCCUUUACCUUCAAGACCUCCACUUUUAGUGAGUACAACUCAGAGGCAACAAGAUCAAGUGAACCAAGAAGUAACACUAUUCAAGGGAACAAUAGUAGAGCUUUGAGAAAGGAACUUACGCAAUGACACCAAAACUCUUGAGGGGUAUGGUCUUAGAAGUCGGGAAUGCUACUACUGCCAUAUAACAUAGUCAUCAUGUACUUAGUCAUUUAUUUGAUUGAUGAUUCUAUGUAUUUAGCUGAGAUAUUUCAAAGCCUUCGCCCUUCAAGCCCCAUAGUCAGGGGAUAUGGUUAGAGUACAAGUUGUAAAAAACUUUUA